CGCUCCAGCUCCCAGUCCAUGCUCCAUACUGUGGUUCAUGCUGGACUUGAAUUGGCCACCCUGUGGUGCCCAAACCAAGUCCCUACGGAGUGAGCUGAUAGCCAUAUUAACAUUAAAGGGCCUGCAAUCAUGUCGAACAGGGCCUGCAAUCAUGUUGAACAGGGCUGAAUGUUCAAAUAAAAUUAAAAUUCAAGCCAGUAUAGACAGUCACAUCAUGGAGAGGGCUUAAAAUGAUAUAAACAGUGCUCUGGUGGUCAGUUCAGGUGCAGCACAGACUUCUGGGUGAUUCUGACCUGUAGGACAGUGAAGGUGAGCUGAAGCACCUCGUGAACAAGUACAUAAUCAAACUGUGAUUGGAGAUCCUCUUCUGCUGAUUGGACAAUUAAGGACAAGGGAGAGGGUGGACCUUUAAGAAAAAAAAGAAACGUUUGGGGAAGGGUACUUCGUGUUGAGGUGACUGCACGGACACACACACACACACACACACACGCACGCACACACAGAUUUGGUCAUUCAGUCAGUCAGUCGGUCGGUCAGUGAGUUCAGAGCAGGUCCAGCCACAGCAGCAAACCUCCUCAUGGCUCUAUGGACAGCGAUACGCUUUUACCUGUGUUUCCUACUGGGAGUAAAUUGCUGGCAUGAUCUGGACAACACAGAGUACGACUGUUGGCCUAUGAACAGUCCAAAUGAUUACAACAUGAUUAGCUGUGGUGGUCUGGAAAUGGCCUGGGUGCAGCGUCCUCCAGAGAAAGUAACCAAUGGGGAAGAGUUCAAUGUCUCAUACACGGUGACGGCCUCAGAUUCCUUCUAUGAGUACUCAGUCAGAAACAAGAUUUUCCAGUUCAGUAAUGCGUCAGAGGCAAAGAGGUUCUGCCAUGAACACGAGUGCCCCUCAAACUGGAACAGCGCCAAUGAAAUGAACUGCUGCGUGUAUCAUGCCAACAUCCAUUCCUGUCCUCUUGGUCUCAUGAAACAAGGUGGAAUCUGUGGCCCGUGGAUCCCUGAUGAUGGUAAAAUAGUGACCCACACUGUAUCCAAAGCAGGCAUGAUGACACAGAAAUACUGGACUUCAAAGGUGGUGCUGAUCCAUGUCGGAGUCACCUCCGUCAUUGCUCAUAUCAAAAUAGGACGGAUGCACGCAGCGCUGGAGUCCAAAGUGCUUGUUGUCAGCGCACAGGUGUGUGGGGAUGAGGUCUGUGAGCUGGAGGAGAAUUGUCUGAACUGUCCUGCAGACUGCGGCAUCUGCCCGAUGUCCCUCGCUAUAAAGGUGGCCAUCGGGCUUCCAGUCGCUCUCUUCAGCAGUGGCUUCAUCCUAACUAUGGUGUGGCUCCAGUACCAGAAACAGAGGAUGUUUUGGGAUGAAAGCUGGAUCAUCAACUACAAGGACAUAAUAUUUGGUAGACUGGGCUGCGUGGGCCUCGGCAGCACCACAACCCUGCAACGCAUAAAGAGUAACUCCACCAUCAGUCGAACUACUAAUUUGACUGUGUGUACUGGAGUUAACACCUCCUUAAAACAAGGCUUCAUCCAACCAGGAAUCUACGAUGGGAGGACGGUGGCAGUGAAACACAUCCAGAAUAAACAUUUCACCCUCUCUAAAACCAUCAGGAAGGAGGUGAAAGAAGUUAGGCAACUGGAUCACCCCAAUCUAUGCAAGUUCAUUGGCGGUUCCAUCGAAGUCCCCUACGUCACCAUCAUCACAGAGCACUGCCCCAAAGGAAGCCUGUCUGAUGUUCUGUUGAAUGAUGACAUCCCCAUCAACUGGGGCUUCAGACUGUCCUUUGCCACUGACAUCGCCCGCGGGAUGGCGUAUCUCCACCAGCACAAGGUGUUUCAUGGAAGACUUCACUCCAGAAACUGUGUUAUCGAUGACCGCUGGGUGUGCAAAAUCUCAGAUUAUGGUCUCACGGUGUACAGAAAGGAGGACUUUGAGGCCAUCAGCAAUGGCUUUAACUGUGGGGAUGUAAAUCGUAUAUAUUGUGCCCCAGAGGUGCUGCUGGGAAGCAGCUCCAAUAUGACGCAGGCAGCAGAUGUCUACAGCUACUCCAUGAUUCUGGUUGAGAUUGCAACUCGCUCUGACCUCAUGUCAGACCAGGCUGAGGGAGUGAGGAUGGAUCUCAUGUGGCGCCCCCCUCUGCCUGAACUUAAAGCAGGGAAGGCAGAUACUGACUGUCCCAGUCAAGCAGACUACUGCGAGCUCAUUAAGAAGUGUUGGUCUCAUAACGUCACCUUGAGGCCCACGUUUGAGCAGGUGAAGAAGAUGCUCGACAAAAUGAACCCACACAAAGUCAGCCCCGUGGACAUGAUGAUGAACCUGAUGGAGAAAUACAGCAAACAUCUGGAGGCCAUCGUUGCUGAGAGAACACAGGACCUUCUCCAAGAGAAACAGAAGACAGAUCGGCUGUUAUACAGUAUGUUACCAAAACCGGUAGCUGAUGACCUUCGUCAAGGACGAGUAGCAGAGGCUCAAAGCUUUGCCAAUGCCACCGUCUACUUCAGUGAUAUUGUCGGCUUUACCCAGCUGUCUGGUGCCAGCACUCCCCACCAAGUUGUGAACUUCCUUAACCAGCUCUACACCACCUUCGAUGACAUUAUUGACAACUAUGACGUCUACAAAGUGGAGACAAUAGGUGACGCUUACAUGGUGGUCUCUGGGGUCCCUCAAGAAAAUGGUAUCAAUCACGCUGGAGAGAUAGCCAGCAUGGCUCUUGAUCUGGUCACUGUCUGCCACACGUUCAAGAUCCCUCAUAAACCCAACACACAGCUGAAGAUACGCGCUGGCAUCCACUCAGGACCUGUUGUGGCUGGUGUGGUUGGCACCAAAAUGCCUCGCUACUGCCUAUUUGGUGACACUGUCAACACAGCAUCACGGAUGGAAUCAACUAGUGAAGCUCUGAAGAUCCAGGUGAGUGGUGCCACAGCUGACCUGCUUCACACACUCAGAGGUUACGUUCUGACAUGCAGAGGAACACUUAAUGUGAAGGGCAAAGGAGACAUGACAACAUGGUGGCUUGAAGCAAAGAGAGAAGAUCACACAGACCCACUGCUCAGAACGACUGAAUCCAGAGUGGUCCCAGUGCCAGUUAGUGACUAGAUCUGGGUAGAGCAUGAAAACUGGUCAGGCUCCGUGUUGUGCAAUUGAAUUAUGUCCAGUGAGCUACAUUGGGGUUAAAUGUGCAGAAAUAGGAUGAACAAAUAGUUGAUCAUGAAGUUAAAUGUCAUGUUGAACUGUAAAUCCAGUAGGUGUUACAUGUUUGUUGUUAUCAUGGUUCCAUUGUUGUGACCAGAAGUGAUGAUGAUGAUGAGCAAAAACUCUCUGAUAAUAAUUUGUAGAAAUAACCAGAAUUGCCCACUAUGUAUGAUUGUGCAGGACAUCAUCACUUAUUGUAUAAUAGAUAUAUUUGUUUUUUUUGCACUUGUUGAGAAGAAUGUAAAAAAAAAAAAAUAUGCAGAGAA